AUGGACCCGCCUGCUGUUCCCAGCCCCCCUCCCAUCCUUGGGACACCCCCAGAUGCCCUCCCCUCUGACUGGUGGGUGCCCGCAGGGGCGGAGGGUCCGGCGGAGGGGCGCGGGGCGCCCGAGGCGUGCGGGGAGCGCCGGGGGCCAGGGCUGGACGCGGCGGCACGGGAGCGGCAGCUGCAGCGAGAGCUGCUGGCCCUCAAGCAGCAGCAGCAGCUCCAGAAGCAGCUGCUCUUCGCUGAGUUCCAGAAGCAGCACGAGCACCUCACCCGCCAGCACGAGGUCCAGCUCCAGAAGCACCUCAAGCAGCAGCAGGAAGCGCUGGCCGCCCGUCGGCAGCAGGAGCUGGAGCAGCAGCGGCAGCGGGAGCGGCAGGAGGCCCUGGAGCAGCAGCAGCGCCUGGAGCAGCUCCAUGCCCUGCGCACCAAGGACAAGAGCCGGGAGAGCGCCAUUGCCAGCACAGAGGUGAAGCUGAAGCUGCAGGAGUUCCUGCUCAGCAAGACGAAGGAGCCGGGCACCGGCCCCCCCAACCAUUCCCUCCCCCAGCACCCCAAAUGUUGGAAGGUGGCAGAGCGGAGGAGCAGCCCCCUGCUGCGGAGGAAGGACGGCACCGUCAUCAGCACCUUCAAGAAACGCGCCAUCGAGGUCACCGUGUCCUCCGUGUGCAGCAGCGCCCCGGGCUCCGGGCCCAGCUCCCCCAACAGCUCCCACAGCGCCAUCACCGAGAACGGCUUCACCGGCUCCGUCCCCAACAUCCAUGCAGAGCAGCUCCUGCCCCAGCACCGAGCCCUCACGCUGGACGGCGCAGGGCAGCUCAGCCUCUACACAUCCCCCUCCCUGCCCAACAUCUCCCUAGGGCUGCAGGCCACCGUCACCGUCACCAACUCCCACCUCAGCGCGUCCCCCAAGCUGUCACCGCAGGCGGAGGCCGAGCGGCCAGCAGUGGCCACCCUGCGCCCCGGGGCUGCGCUCACUGGCAAGUUCCUGAGCACCUCCUCCAUCCCGGGCUGCCUGCUGGGGGUGGCCCUGGAAGGGGACCCCCCUGCCGGCCCCGCGUCCCUGCUGCAGCACGUCCUGCUGCUGGAGCAAGCGCGCCAGCAGAGCACCCUCAUCGCCGUGCCGCUGCACGGGCAAUCGCCACUGGUGACAGGGGAGCGUGGGGGGAGCGUGCGGACGGUGGGCAAGCUGCCGCGCCACCGGCCCCUCAGCCGCACGCAGUCAUCCCCCCUGCCCCAGAGCCCCCAGGCCCUGCCCCACGGCGCCCUGCCCCACGGCACCCUCCAGCACCACUUCCUCGACAAGCAGCAGGUCCAGCUGGGCAAGGUGGGGUGUGGGGGCCAGGGGCCCGCGGUGGGGCUGAGAGGGGGGAACAGUGUAGGGGUUAUGGAGUGGGUGUGGGGUGUAGGAUGUGCAUGUGGGGCGUCCCCCAAGCUGUCACCGCAGGCGGAGGCCGAGCGGCCAGCAGUGGCCACCCUGCGCCCCGGGGCUGCGCUCACUGGCAAGUUCCUGAGCACCUCCUCCAUCCCGGGCUGCCUGCUGGGGGUGGCCCUGGAAGGGGACCCCCCUGCCGGCCCCGCGUCCCUGCUGCAGCACGUCCUGCUGCUGGAGCAAGCGCGCCAGCAGAGCACCCUCAUCGCCGUGCCGCUGCACGGGCAAUCGCCACUGGUGACAGGGGAGCGUGGGGGGAGCGUGCGGACGGUGGGCAAGCUGCCGCGCCACCGGCCCCUCAGCCGCACGCAGGUUUCCCAUUCCUUGGGGUGCCUGGGGAUCCCAGUUUCCCAUGGGAUGCCCAUGUCCUGUGGGGUGCCCAUGUCCCGGGGGGCGGGGGGGCACGCCGGCCGCAUCCAGAGCAUCUGGUCCCGCCUUCAGGAGACCGGUCUCCUUGGCAAAUGCGAGCGCAUCCGGGGCAGGAAGGCGACGCUGGAGGAGAUCCAGACGGUGCACUCAGAGCAUCACACGCUGCUCUACGGCACCAGCCCCCUCAACCGCCAGAAACUUGACAGCAAAAAGCUCCUAGGUCCCAUCAGCCAGAAGAUGUACACGGUGCUGCCAUGCGGGGGCAUUGGGGUGGACAGUGACACGGUGUGGAACGAGAUGCACUCCUCCAGCGCCGUGCGCAUGGCAGUGGGCUGCCUGGUGGAGCUCUCCUUCAAGGUGGCCGCCGGGGAGAUCAAGAACGGCUUCGCCGUCAUCCGCCCCCCGGGACACCAUGCCGAGGAGUCCACGGCCAUGGGCUUCUGCUUCUUCAACUCGGUGGCCAUCUCGGCCAAACUGCUCCAGCAGAAGCUGAGCGUGGGCAAGAUCCUCAUCGUGGACUGGGACAUCCACCACGGGAACGGGACCCAGCAAGCCUUCUACAGCGACCCCGACGUCCUCUACAUCUCCCUGCACCGCUACGACGAUGGCAACUUCUUCCCGGGCAGUGGGGCGCCCGAGGAGGUUGGCAGCGGGAUGGGAGUGGGCUACAACAUCAACAUCGCCUGGACUGGGGGUGUCGACCCCCCCAUUGGGGACGUGGAAUAUCUCACCGCCUUCAGGACUGUGGUGAUGCCCAUCGCCAACGAGUUCUCCCCGGAUGUGGUGCUGGUCUCGGCUGGCUUUGACGCCGUCGAGGGCCACCUCUCCCCGCUCGGUGGCUACUCCGUCACCGCCAAAUGUUUUGGCCACCUGACGAAGCAGCUGAUGAUGCUGGCGGGGGGCCGGGGGGUGCUGGCGCUGGAGGGGGGGCAUGACUUGACGGCCAUCUGCGACGCCUCGGAGGCCUGUGUCUCUGCUCUGCUCGGCCGGGAGCUGGAGCCCCUGGAUCCAUCCCUCCUGCAGCAGAAGCCAAACGUGAACGCGGUGGCCACCCUGGAGAAGGUCAUCGAGAUCCAGAGCAAGCACUGGGGCUCGGUGAAGCGCUUCGCGGCUGCCGUGGGCUGCUCCCUGCUGGAGGCGCAGAAGGGGGAGGCAGAGGAGGCUGAGACGGUGACGGCCAUGGCCCUGCUCUCAGUGGGCGCCGAGCAGGGGAACACCGACCCCCAGCCCAGGCCGGCGGAGGAGCCGAUGGAGGCCGAGCCCGCGCUGUGACCCGCUGGGCCCCUUGCCCAGAUUUAUUCCGUUUCCAAAAAAAAGAAAGAAACACUGAGAAGAGAAAAACACACACACACACACACACACAAAAUCACAUUAGAAAA